AUGGUGGAAGAACUGGUUAAUAGGGUGGUGGUGGAAACUGAAGUGGGGUUAGUGGACGAGGUGGUGGUGGAUUGUAUGACCGCUGUGGCUGUGGGUGCUGACGAUGAUGGAUUGGACGCUGUGGCUGCUGGUAUCGCUGAGGUCACUGUGGACGUGGUGGGUACUGGUGCUGAUACUGAGGCUGAGGCUGAUAAACUGACUGAUAAGGGGUUACUGGAACUGGUAGAACCUGGAUUGGAAAUGGAGGAGGUGAGAUUAUUUGAGGAGUUACCAGACAGGGAUGAUAUACUGGUACUUGAUAAUCCUAAGGCCACACAGAAGAAUUUAUCCACGCUGGAUUUUAACUACAUCAACCCAACCGCUCUUCCAGAGCAGUACCGCGAGCACCUCCCAUCCCAAGCGGAGUGGAGCACAGAACGAAACGCACAUUUCAUAGGAGGAAGGCCUGUAUUCAUCAGGCCAGACAAUCACAACUUCGACUACUCCCCAGAGGAAUUUGAAAGGACACUUCCCCAUAAUCUUGGAGGAAUAGUGCUCCAGCACAUCGCAGACAGCGGUAUAACGACCUCCUAUCCAGGAGAAAGACCAGACGCCCCUUGGAACCCCCCUGCCCAGAAUCCUGUACCCCAACCGACUCUUGCACCAAUCGUACCCGAUUACAUACCACCGAUGGCUACAGUUACCAUGGAUGAAGGACGUCACCAUGUUAGCCAGAAGGAACUUGGUUUUAGAAAACCCGAGAUCUUCAACGGUUCAGACCGUUCAAAGCUUAGGGAAUUUAUAAACCAAUGCAAGAACUACAUGGCCGGAAAUAGCCAUGUCUACCAGGAGGACAAUCAGAAGAUCGCGUUCGUGCUAUCGCACAUGCAAGGAGGAACAGCAGGAUCAUGGGCACAGAGCUUCAUAGAAAUGGAACUCACCAAUGACGACUUCCUUUCUUAUGGGAGUUGGAGAGACUUUAUUGCGAGUGUGAACAAAGCAUUUGGCGAUGAAAAUAUUGAAGAAACCGCUCGUACCUUGCUGCGUAACAUCAAGCAAGGAACUCAAGAUGCCGGAAAUAUCGAGUAUUUCAAGUGGGGGCUUAACGACCCACUCCGACAAAGGAUAUAUGGGAUGGAAAGCAUGCCCAAGACACUUGACAAGUGGUACGAAUACGCCUCGCGGUUUGAUAACCAAUGGAGAUCUGCUCAGAUCUUCAAGCGAGGAGCCACUACGACGACGCGAGGAAAGGGCCGAUCUGUCCAUUGUCCCUACUACUCGGCUUCUGCAAAGGAUCCAAACGCGAUGGAUGUUGAUCGUGUCAAUAUCUCGCGCUUAUCCCCGGAUGAGCGACAAAAGAGAAUGAAAGAAGGAUUAUGUUUCCUAUGCGGAAAGAAGGGCCAUAUAGCCAACGACAGACAAUUCCACCCCCAGUCUGGAAGUUUCACCCGUGCUAGAACGAUACAGCCCGGGUUAGACACAGACACGAUCACAUGGAUCAAGAAGAUGCGAGAAGACCUCGCACAGAAGAAGGAGACGUCGAAGGAAGAAACCAGAGAGGAACAGAUCGCCUAUGUGCGAAACAUCUUCAACGACAUGACUGAUGAAGAACGAACCCAAUUGGCCGAAACGUUCAUGAACAUUCGUUUUGCGGAAGAAAACGAUUUCAUCAGAUGGGAAUUACCGAAACCGAUUACAGUCAUGAAUGCAGAUGGCACACCAAAUCAAAUGGGUACCAUUACUCAUUGUACCUGGAAGAUGAUGAAAAUCGGAGGAAGGAAGACACUUACUCGCUUCCUCUUAACCGGCAUUGGCAAAGAAAACAUACUUCUCGGCAUGCCGUGGCUUAAACGCCUCAAUUCGAUGAUCAACUGGGAAACCGGUGACUUUUGGUUUGGUAAAGAUGCCAAAUGGCCACCGAAACCCACCGUCGAAGAGGCACCAGAUGAAGAAGUUUUGAUUUUCAAGGAAGAUGGACUCCCAGAGUUAAUCGCCACUGAAACUUCCCCUACCUCGUUUGGGCAUUCGGAAUCUAUCAGAGAAAUCAUGGCCGAUAACACUGAGCGUGGCGAGUUACCCGCAGUGCGGAAUGAUACCAAACCAGAUGACCCACUAUCAGAACCCCCUAUAGAUCAGCUCGAUGACAACGAUCUAGUUAUAUCCUAUAUCGCAGGAGAGUCAGUUAUUGGGAUAUUUGAACCCAUCAGGAAGGAGUCACCUUUGACGAAUGAAGAGACUGAAACUGCAGUCUUCACCAUACGAAGAGGCCCCGCCAUUGGAAGAAUGACACACAGUACCCAAUCCCCAUUAUUCUGUAACGCACAGAAUACGGUCUUUUACAAACCAUCUGGUAAAUCACAAGAAUUGGCACAACAGGCACAUAAGGAAGCAUCAGCUAUAGACAAACCCAAAACCGUCGAGGAGUUGGUCCCCAACUACCUCCACGAUUUGAAGUCCGUUUUUGAAAAGAAAGCAGCUGAACGCUUUCCAGAAACCAGGCCUUGGGACCACGCCAUUGACUUGAAACCCGAUUUUAUUCCACGUGACUGUAAAGUCUAUCCGUUAUCGCUCAAAGAACAAGGAGCGAUGGAUGACUUCCUGGAAGAAAAUCUGCGAAAAGGAUACAUCCGACCGUCGAAAUCUCCCAUGGCUUCACCAUUUUUCUUUGUAGGAAAGAAAGACGGAGCACUACGUCCCUGUCAGGAUUACCGAUACCUGAAUGAAGGGACGGUGAAGAACGCCUAUCCUCUUCCGCUCAUCUCUGACCUUAUGGAUCAAUUCAAAGGCGCAUCGAUCUUUACGAAAAUGGAUUUACGCUCCGGAUAUAACAAUGUCAGAAUCAAAGAUGGUGACCAAUGGAAGGGCGCAUUUAAGACAAAUCGCGGACUUUUCGAACCUAUGGUCAUGUUCUUUGGACUCUGCAACUCCCCGGCGACUUUCCAAAUGAUGAUGAACACACUCUUCAAGGACAUGAUCGAUGAGGGAUGGAUAGUCAUUUACAUGGAUGAUAUCCUCAUCUUCUCAAACGAUUUGGAAGAACAUCACUUUGCUACGGGUGCAGUUUUACGCCAAGCCGAUAUCAAUGGAGACCUCCAUCCUUGUGCCUACAUUUCACAGACGCUCAAUCCAGCUGAACGGAACUACGAAAUCUACGACCGCGAACUCCUCGGAAUCAUUCGAGCCCUCACUGAAUGGCGCCAUUAUCUUGAAGGCUCUCCCCAUCCCGUCGAAGUUCGCAGUGAUCACAAGAACCUCACGUACUUCCGUACAGCUCAGAAGUUAAACCGCCGACAAGCACGAUGGAGUCUCAAAUUAUCACAAUUUGAUCUUCACCUCAUCCAUGUCCCUGGCACUCAGAUGAUCCAAUCUGAUGCGCUCUCUCGUCGUAACGGACUCGAUGACAGUGAAAGUGACAACGAAGAUCGCGUUCUUUUACCUAAUGCACUAUUCGUGCGAUCCAUUUCCCCGACACUAUUCGAUGAAAUCAGGAAUCACGCAGCAAAAGACCUCAUUGUUCACGAAGCCCUCGAAGCGAUUGCGCACAAAGGGCCAUUCCCCAUGAAAUCAUCACUUUCCGACUGGGAAGUUCGCGAUGGUGUCAUCCUUUACAAGGGAAAGAUCUACGUUCCACCAUCCGAAACUCUUCGUCGUGACCUCGUUCGACUAUAUCACGACUCCCCUGCCAUGGGUCACCCUGGAAAGUUCAAUACCCUUGAACUGUUACGUCGUGAAUUCUGGUGGCCCGGCAUGUAUACAUUUGUCUACAAUUAUGUUGAAGGCUGUGCCGCCUGUCAACAAAUGAAACCGAAUACUCAUCCAACUCGUAUUCCUUUGGAACCAAUUCCCGCCGACCCACACGCAUUACCAUUUUCCUGUUGCACCACCGAUUUUAUUACCGACCUCCCCGUUUCCAACGGUUUUGAUUCAAUUAUGGUCGUAGUAGACCAUGACCUUACGAAGGGGGUGAUUCUUACGCCCUGCCUCAAAACGAUCACAGCCGAAGGAACGGCCAAGAUUUUUCAUGACAAAGUAUACUCGCGAUUUGGAUUACCCGACCAAAUCAUCUCGGAUAGAGGACCUCAAUACGCAUCCAAGGUCUUCCAAGAGUUAAAUCGACUACUCCAGAUCAGAUCAUCAAUGAGCACAGCUUAUCACCCUCAGACGGACGGAGAAACAGAGCGAGUCAACCAGGAGCUGGAAAUCUAUCUUCGACUCUAUUGCGGAAACAACCCUGAAACAUGGGCCGACCGCCUGCCAGACCUCGAGUUUUGUCAUAACACAAGGGAACACUCGGCACGGAAGAUGAGCCCAUUCCGCAUCAUGAUGGGAUACGAACCACGUGGACUCCCUUCCGUAUUUCUGACCACGAACAUUCCAUCGGUUGAAUCCAGGCUUGACAUGUUGCAGAAGAUAAGACUAGAAGCACUAGCCAUGCACGAGUUAGCCCGACAACAGAUGACGGACCGAGUCAGACAAGGAUCGCCGAAGUUUACACUAGGACAGAAGGUCUGGCUAGACUCGAGGAACCUGAAGGUCAAUUACGCCUCGCGCAAGAUAGCACCAAAGCGUGAGGGGCCAUUCGAAAUUGUCGAAGUCAUCGGACCAGCCAACUAUCGUCUCAAACUCCCAAAGACCUGGCGAGUUCAUUCCGUAUUCCACGCCGCCCUCCUAUCUCCUUAUCGCGAAAAUGACAUACAUGGUCCGAAUUACGUGAACCCAUCACCUGAUGUCGUUGAUAACGAAGAAGAGUACGAAGUCAAAGCCAUCCUGAAUCACAAGACGUACCGAGGUCAUCUGAGGUACUUAGUCAAGUGGAAGGGAUAUUCUUCAGCAGAAAACUCGUGGGAACCUACCCACAAUUUACAGAAUGCCAAGCGAAUCCUCGAUGCAUAUAAAAGGACCAGGAGAAUCCAGUAG